UAGUGGGAGCCACGUUCUCUGACAGCAGAUCCUACGUGGGACAUUGUCCGUCCUUAGAUGUCCCACCCACGUAUUUGGAUUCGUGUGUUUUAGUUUGCCCUUUUCCGUGUUGCCUUUCUUCUAACCGUUGUUUAGGCUCCCUGAGUUUGCCGGCGCCGGAGACAACGGUUCUCCGAGGUAUCCUCUCGAUAUUAUCCACUCUGUUUUCUAUUUGUAUCCAAAACAGAGCAGCCAUUUUGAGUUGUCUUGUCCAAUAGAAUCUACGGUUCUUCUGUUUUCUCGCUUCACAAAAAAAUAUCUCCCCUCUCUCCCCUGACGCUAAUUUCCAUCUUCUGAACAAUUUUCUGUUAAUUUUUUUUCCUGGGUUUUGCAUUACCGACGAAUUGCAGCUGAAGCGAUUCCCAUCUUGCAGUGAAAUAACGAAAAGUGGUGAACUUUUGUAACAUUCUCGUGAUUAUGCCUCUUUCUUGUGAACCGUAGAUUCUCUUCUGAUUUUUCAGAGUUUUCCUGUUUGUGAUGCGAUUUCUUGAACUGGGUCUCGUUGAAUCACAGCGUCGUCUCUUUCAUUUCCCUUUGUUUUAGGAUUUCUGAGUUUGGGUAUUGUGUUAGCCUUCGAGGUUUUGAUUUCUGGGUUUCCCACAGUCGCAUGGUGAUAUCAUCACAUUACUUUUCUUCCAUCACCAAAAUCCUUCUGGAAAUUUACAAACUUUAGGUGGGGGGACGAGAAGAGCUUUAGUUUCUGAGAUCAAACCCAAGCCCUUGGAUUCAUCUGCCUUCAGAUAUACAAAAGAUCUCAGGUUCAUUUGAUUUGAAGAAAACCCAGAUGCAGAAAAUUGCGUAAACGAAAAAAAGGGUUAUAUCUCAAUCAUCCCCUGAAUUUCGGGUGAUGGAACCUGAGAUUCCUGGGUAGAACGCUUGGGGAUCAAUCAGGUUAGACAGUUCUUGAUGUAAAGGGAGAAACUUGUGUACGCUUAAGAUCAGGCCACCAAGUUUGUGCACAAGAAAACGGAUUUGGUAUGGGUUGUAUUUGCUCAAAAGGGACUGCAGAAGAACACCUUUAUGAUCAGCAUGAGAAGAACAAUGGAUCAAACAAAACAUCCUCGGUUCAAUUGGUUGCACCAGUGGCCUCCAAGAAAGACGAGUUUCCGGACAAAACAGUAGAGGGUAGUUCUGGUGGUCGUAGAACAGAAGGAUCAGCGCACCAUUCAUCCAGUAGAACGAGCCGGCUGGUUGUCCCUGUAGAUGAUAGUGAUGGUAAAACCGUGAUUGUUGAGAGACCGUCCAGAUCUCAUAGGAGAUGGCCGACUGCAGAUAUUGGCAUAGGAGGAGGGCUACAACCGUAUCAGCCGAGUAAUAAUAUCUCGAGCAUUCCACACGGGCCUGAGGCUGAGCUUGUUGCAGCCGGAUGGCCUUCUUGGUUAGUCUCUGUUGCUGGAGAAGCCAUCAAGGGUUGGGUUCCAAGAUGUGCAGAAUCCUUCGAGAUGCUUGAAAAAAUUGGACAAGGUACUUACAGCAGUGUGUACAGAGCUCGGGACCUCGAGACAGGCAAGACAGUAGCCAUGAAGAAGGUCCGAUUCGUCAAUAUGGACCCAGAAAGCGUCCGUUUCAUGGCCAGGGAAAUCCAUAUUCAGCGUCAGCUCAACCACCCCAAUGUCAUGAAGCUCGAGUGUCUCGUGACUUCAAAACUUUCCGGCAGCUUGUAUCUCGUCUUUGAGUACAUGGAGCAUGACCUGGCUGGACUCGCUGCAAGACCUGGCAUAAAGUUCACUGAACCACAGAUCAAAUGUUUAAUCAGACAAAUGCUUCGUGGGCUUGAGCAUUGCCAUAGCCGUGGUAUACUCCACCGUGACAUCAAGGGUUCAAAUCUUCUGAUAAAUAAGGACGGUGUCCUAAAGAUCGGAGAUUUUGGUCUGGCGAAUUUCUACCACCCUGAUCAAGAUCAGCCUCUGACAAGCCGUGUGGUGACGUUGUGGUACAGAGCCCCUGAGCUUUUACUGGGUGCUACAGAGUAUGGAGCCGCCAUAGAUCUGUGGAGCGUUGGUUGCAUUCUUGCAGAACUGUUUGCUGGGAAACCAAUCAUGCCAGGAAGAACAGAGGUGGAGCAAAUGCAUAAGAUCUUUAAGCUUUGUGGUUCACCGUCUGAAGGCUACUGGCAAAAGACAAAGUUGCCACUCGCAACAAGUUUCAAACCGCAACAUCCUUACAAGCGUGCCCUUCUAGAGACGUUCAAGAAUUUCCCAUCUUCUGCAUUAGCUCUCAUUGACAAGCUUCUAGCUAUGGAACCAGAGACUCGGGGCUCAGCUUCUUCGGUGCUGUCGAGUGAGUUUUUCACCAUGGAGCCACUCCCUUGUGAUAUAUCAAGUUUGCCGAGGUAUCCCCCGAGCAAGGAACUCGAUGCUAAGGUCCGAGAAGAAGCAAGAAGGAAACGGGCUGAUGCCGCAAAGGGGCGUGGACAUGAAUCUGUUAGCAGAGGUUCAAGAGACGUCAAGAAUGUUGCAACACCAGAGUUCAUUCCUUCUGGGCAAUCAAAAGUCACAAUCAACGGCCAGAGGAACAAUCCUCAAGGGAUUAAUAGAACCGGCUUAAGUGUAGAUCCGGGCAGAAGCGGUGCACAGAAGGGCUUUUCUCAUUCCAGUUCAAUGGUUCAUCCUGUCGUAGCAGCGUCAUGGAAUAAGAACGGGAGCUCCAGAAACAGCACUGUGGAGCUGAAGGCUACUCGAUCUAGCAAUGUUCCCGUUGAAGGGAGCAACUUUUCUGGCUCUUUACGUAAGAACGACACAGCCUGCGGAGAAUCAACGAUGACUUAUGUGCGUAAGAAGAACAGAAUUCACUGCUCGGGUCCCUUGAUGCCUCCCGGCGGGAACAUCGAAGACAUUCUGAAAGAACAUGAGAGGCAAAUCCAACAGGCUGUACGGAAAUCUCGCCUUGAGAAAUCUGGAACGAAGAACAACAAAGAUAUGGCGCACCAGGUGUAUUACAAUGGCAGAUAAAGCUGAAAGCUUUGGAAGGUAUGAAAAUGAAACAAGAACGAGGAUUGACCCUCGGAUCCACCAUUGACGAGGCACCCGAGGGCCGAAAAAGCAUUUCCUGAACUGAAAGAGCAAAGAUCCACCAUCGAUCUUGAUUCUUAGCUCUUCUAUCUAUUACCUGAACUGAAAGGCCGGAGAUCCGCCAUAGAUCUCUUGUGCUAUAGCUAGUGUUCUUCCAGUACGUUGAGCACGAGAUUGAAUUGGCGUUGUGCCAAUUGUGAUAAUUUGUUAGAUGAUCAUUGUACAUUGUCAAUUCAUGUUUCCUCUGUGUGUGUAUGUUUGUGUAUGCGUGCUCUUUUUUCUU